AUGGCUGCUCAAGAAAAGUCUCGAGCGCAACCUUAUGUGUCUGCAGCAGAGAACGUGUUUAUCGUCAUUUCUAACUACCAGAAAAUCCUUUCCAAAGCUACCGAGCUAGGAGUCCAAAGUGCAGUUAGAGAAAGACUGUUUUCCUUGGUAUUUGAUGAGUACCUCCCAGAAUUGCGCCAAUAUGCCGCAAGCAAAGGAAUCCUCGGACUUAGAAGCCCAACGCGAUGCCGUGAAGAUCAGGAAACCGUCGAGGGAAUAUUGACCGAUUUAGAGGAGCUUAAUAUCGAAAACCACCCCAACGACGAAGAGACUGAGGACGAUCGGGACAUAAUGAAUAUCAUGAAUCCGCUUGUGCUGCUCCUGUACCAAGCUAUAGAGCGGGAAGAAGUAGGGACUUCCGAUCAAGAAAAGGAAUGGGGCCCACUGAGUGGGUUUAAGAGUUUCUUGUCGGGUCUGGAAUUUGAGAAAAACAUCAGACCCACAAAGAAAGAGCAAGGCGAGCACCAAACGACGGCAAUAUCGUUUUGGCCUGGUCUCCCGACAUGCAUCAUGACCUCCCUUUCCAACAGCUCUCCCAAUACAAGAAGUCGACGUAUCUACGUCUCGGCGACGCGCGAUCACUUCGACGGGAUGGAUGAAGUGGACAAAAAAGCAAGAAAUCUUCGCGAGGAUCGACUACGAAGCCUCGAGGAGGGUCUGUCGCCAGAGAAUAAAAAUCACAUAGACUUAUUCAAGGAGACUCUGGACUUGGUACGCCUUGCUUUCCUGGAAAACAUGGCGAUUGCGACACCGAAGGGACCGGAAGUGACGACGUACGACUACCCCACGGUUGAACCUGAUGUAACUCGACCCAUCAGGAUUCAAGUCAGAUCGUUCCAUGCGCAAGCCGAAAUGCCAGGAGUCUAUCAUGAACGCACUCCCGGCGUCCAAUUGCCAGUCAAUUUCCCUUUCAUAGUGUCGACGUGGAAUCCCAGAGGAGAAUACUAUCCUGCUUGUUACCUUGACAAGAAACGCUUCGAGGUCACACGGCCUGAGAGAGCUCAGGACGAAGAACAAAGAGACAAAGCGAAAAGGAAGAAAGAUGGGGGACUUCCCAAGAUAGAUAGUUGCGCAGAAUGGGAAGGGUAUCUUAGCUGGCUGAAUCGGCCUGAGCCUGUUUUACCCUAGAUUAUUGACUUGGCCAGAAACGCUCAAUUGUCAUCUAGGGCGCAGUGUCAUUCAAGGU